CCUGGUAAAGGCCUUCGCCAUGUGAUUAUAAAACAUGGUAGCACAACGAACUCACCAACUGUUGCCAAGCGAUGCAAUCUUGAACGGGCAGGCAAGCAUUUCUGAUGGCCACGAGGCCCCGAGCGAUGGCUCGUCGAUAGGCGCCUGGGCCCGUGCGGGAAGCUAGCCCGCGGCGGGGUGAUCCGGCUCGUGCAACCUGGUCAACUGUACAGAUACAGGGUUUCUUCCUAAUAGCGUAUGUAGAAAGUAUUUUCUUAUGACCCCUCGCUAUAACAUGGGACUUCAUCUUUUGCGUAUUACCUAUGCUGUGUUCCUAGCUGCCGUCCUUCCCAUGGCCAUGCCUAUGGCGGCACCACAGAGCAUUGGUAUGGAGGCAUUGUGGCGACAUCCUAUUAUUGGUUCUGGCGCGACAAGCGGCGAACAAUUUGCAGCAACGCGGUACCGCAAGUUUAGCGCGGGAGUGCUGCCUACUGGCUUGAAGCCCGCGUCUCCAGAUCCGCAGCAAGAGAAAUGCAGCCACUGGAUAGUUAUAACAACGAUUAACGCCGCAUCCGCAAAUCUCCAGAACCUGGCAGGCAUGCCGGACUGGUGCAAGUGCUUCGUCCUGGACCGGAAGUCCCCGCCCGACUUCCAGGCGAAUGGCCCGGGGAUGGUGGUGCUGACGGUGGCAGCGCAGGAGAAACUGAAGUGGGCGGUGGCGGAUCGGAUGCCCUGGAACCACUUUGGCCGCAAGAACCUGGGGUUUGUGUAUGCGGCGCUCCACGGUGCCGAGUACAUAUACGACACCGACGACGACAACUUCGUACUGGACGGCGACGCCCGGUUCCUGCCGCGGUCCUUGACGCCCCCAGCACCCGACGGCCCGGAGGGCGUCCAGGUGCAUUGGCCAGCGGGCACCGGCGCGCGUGUCUUCAACCCGUACCCGUUUUGGGGCGUGGAUGCGUGGCCACGGGGCUUCCCACUGACCAUGAUCACAAAUGAGACAACGCGGUCCGGAGCUCUCCCAGUGACCGCUGCCGAUGCGCCACAGCUACCGCCGCGCGUGUGCGUGCUGCAGUCCCUCGCCAACGCCGACCCAGACGUUGACGCGGUGCACCGCCUCACCGGCCGCCUGCCCCUCUUCUUCGCGCCCCGCCGCGCCUGGCUGGCCUACCCGGCCGGCACCUACGCGCCCUUCAACGCUCAGGCCACGCUGUUCGACGCGCGGGCGCUGGCGGCGGCGCUGGCGCUACCGGUGACGGUGCACGGGCGUGUGAGCGACAUCUGGCGCUCAUACAUCAUGCAGCGGGCCAUGUGGGACAUGGGAUGCGGCCUGGCGUUCGCAGACCCCUGGGUCACGCAGUACCGCAACGCGCACAAGUACCUCAGGGACUUCCAGUCGGAGCUGGACCUGUACCUCAAGACGGAGGGCCUGCUGGAGGUGCUGGGCCGCGUGGCCUUCCCCGACUGGACCUUCGCCAGCCCGGGUGCGGAGCUGGGCGGCCGCGUGCUGGCGCUGUACGUGGCGCUGUACGAGCACGGCCUGAUGGAGGCGGACGACGUGGUGAUGCUGCACGCCUUCCUGACCGACCUGGGCCUCAUGCAGCCCGCCGUGGUGGACUUUGCGCUGCGGGUGAACCGCCACGCCGCAGAAGCCGCAGCAGCAGCCAAGGGGGCGCCAGGCGCGCCAGCCGCACCGCAGGGCACAGCCAUGCAGCCGCAGCAGCAGCCGCAGCUGCCCGCGCCCAAGCAUCGGGCGGCGGUGUGCGUCACGGGCGUCUUCCGCGCCGGGCCCUUCACGCUGCCCCACUACCAGCGCAACGUGCUGUCGCGCCUGGGCAUGCCGUACGACGUGUUCGUGUCAACACCCGACCUGCCGGACGCCUUCCCCCACCCCUCCGACUACGCCUACUUCCUGCAGCCGUACAAGGUGGUGCACGCCAACUACUCCAGCACGGAUGAGCUCCUGGCGCUACCGGGCUGGGAGCGGACCGAAUUCAGCGGCGACCACUACCCCAGUAAAUGGCUGGGCCAACUCACGGACCUGUCGACGUGCCGGGACGCCAUUGUGGCGAGUGGCGCGGCGUACACGCACGUGGUGCGGCUGCGUGCAGACGCGGUGCUGGCUGAGCCGCUGCCGGUGCCGCUGCGCUCGCUGCAGCCCAACGAGCUGGUGGUGCCUGACAACGAGCAGUGGCGCGGCCACAACGACCGGUUCGCGUACGGCGGCUUCAGCAGCAUGGUGGCUUACCUGUCCGUGGUCGACUCCGUGGCAGGGCUGCUUGAGCGAAAGCAGCUGACAAACGCGGAAAGCGCACUGAAGAGCCACCUGGAAGCGCACGGUGUGACUGUGUUAGAGCGCCCGAUGCAUGUCUGCCGUCUGCGCAAUUAUGCGGGUGGGAGAUUGAGCUGCACAGGCUGGGACUACAUAACCUACGAACCGUGCAAGUCGCUGUGCGACGCGUGGCACGCGGACGUCGCGCCUGUGCAGGGUGGAGAGGCACCGCCUCCCUCAAAGCGGACAUGGCUGUCGCGCAUGCCUCUCAUUGGGUCGCUUAUUAUUCUGGUGAUUGGCGUCUCCUGCGGGGCCAAGCAUGUUUGGGCCCCACGCUUUGCGUCAAGAACGCAAUGACCUUGUGGCUGCAACCGCGGGCAAGGGCUAAACCAAGCUGUGCUGAGUGCUGAGUGCUGUAUGCGUGUGUGGGUGGGUGGGUGGAGGGAAGUUUGCACUAGUACCAUGCGACCUAAGGAUAUGCAGUACUGUAAGCAAAGAAGAUUGCAUGAGAGUGAGCGAGUUGCACGGUUCGUUUGUUGCACGGCAUUGCGGACCUGUGCAUAUCAUAGCGCAGGGGCACGUGCGGGACGUAUGCGUCAUCGGAUUAGGGAGAAACGCGACGAAUGCAGCGGAGAGCGUGACGAGAGGAUGGGAGUACCAAGAAAGCGUUUGGGUAGCUCAGCCAGCAACUUGGCUGCAUUGAAGAGCGUCCACUGGUGCGCUGGGGUGGCCGGGUGGUGCACCGUAACCGCCAAAAUGGGAUGGUGCAAGUGAUGGUAAAAGGCAGGGCUCCCCUGGUAAAAGGGGUUGGAUUGGGGCUGGCACUGGUCACCCCUUGGUGGAUUGGAUUCGCAGAAUAGGAUUGGGACCGGGACUUUGCGGAUUGGGAUAGCAGGUUCGAUUUGGUGGCUGUGAGAGCCGCCUCGCCCCGGUUAGUGCACGUGCUUGAGUGCUGUGCCGCAGCAGGGUGAUGCGUCCCGACCUGCUAGUGGGGAGCGUUGUGUGUGCCGAUGAAGAGGGUUUAUUUUCCGGGGGCUGCCGUAAUCGGUGCUCCGGUGACAGGCGCCAGUGACGAGAGGACAGGGGAUAGCAGGGGAGUUGGGACUUGGGACUUGGGACGCCUACCCUACCAACGCACACGAUCGCACCUACCGUGCCUGGUAACCUGGUAAGGAUCCAUAGUG